AUGAUCGAGGAAGACAGCGCGUUCGCCAAUGAGGAGAACGACCUCCCCCGUGAAGCCAACGAGAUGCUAAUCACGGAUAAUGCGGAACUUGAGGAGAAACUGGCCAACGCGGAACGCCGUAUUGCUCAUCUGGAAGCAGAACUGGCGCGACGCACCAAUUUCUGGCGUGCGGCAGAAACCGAAUUGACGGAGAAGAUCACCGAGAACGACGACCUCCACGAGCUUCGGGCUGCUAAGUCUGGUGCCGCCAGCAAGGAGCAAACUUCCUCUUAA